GAGCAGGGGCGCCACGUCACCCUCUCGGCACAGAGAGACGCCGCUGAGCCCCAGCUGUGGGCGGCGCUGAGCUGGUGACUGUGUGUCGGAGCCGUGACGGUGACGGUGGUCGGAGCAGUGGUGGAGGCAGCGCUGGACAGAGUGCUCCCGGGAUCCUCCGGUCGCGAUGAUGACUCUCCCCCGUGCCGCGGCGUGCGCGCUCACGGCGCUGGCCGUGCUGUCUCUGCCAGCGGCGCUGUCCGCUGCCGACGCUGCGGCCGCCAAGCACGUGGUGCUGGUGACCACCGACCAGGAGGCGCAGCUGCUGGUGGCCGAGCUGGCACAGCUGCUGGCAGCCGAUCACCGGGUGACGGCCGUGCUGUACGGCGACUUGGGCCCGGAGCCGGCGCCGCCAGCCGCCACCGUCCGUCUGGCCACCGCCGAGUCUGACCCGGGCCGGCGGCUCUCGUGGCUGGAGCGCUGGGAGCGGCAUCCGCUGCUCACUCCGGACGCGGUGGUCGCCUCGCGGCUGGCCGGCUGCGGCGCGCUGCAGCGGACCGGCGUGCUGGCCGACCUGCGGCCCGACCUCAUCAUCACCACACUGUUCCUGGACGACGCGUGCGUGCUGGCGCUGGCGCCGGACGCAGCCGUAGUGGGCCUGAUGCCCUCGUCGGUGGGCCUGCCGUGGGUGACGCAGCAGCUGGGCGGUCACUACCCCGUCAGCCGGCUGCCGGUGCACGGCUACCCGCUGGGCGACGGCGACUUUUACGCGCGGCUGGGCAACCUGUGGCGCUGGUGGACGGUGACGCGGCUGACGCAGCGCCAGUACCAGGUGCCGGCCGCCGCGUUGGUCGGCCACACCGACCUGGAGGCCGCCUACGAGCGCGUCUCGGCCGUGUUCGUCAGCGGCGACUCGCGCCUCCAGCAGGACGUGCCGUGCGACCACCGGCUCCGCUUCCUGGGCUGCAUCGAGUGCGCCCGCUUCGGCGACCUGCCCAAGGACCAGCAGUCGGCCGUCAGCACGGCCGGCCUCCUGGUCAUUCGCCUGGACCAUCCGUACACCACCCUGCCGGACAGCUUCACGGCCACCCUCACAGAGGGCGUCACCGGCUCGCCGCUGACGCCGAUGGACCUUAGCAAUGUGACCAAGGAGGGAGCGCCGAGGAUCGUCCGCAGCUCGGCACCCGCCUCCGACGCCCUCGCUCACCCACGGGCGCGGCUGCUGGUCAGCGAGUGUUCGCCGGCCUCCGUCCUGCUGGCGAUCCAUUUCAGCGUGCCAAUCAUCUGCAUUCCGUUCACGGCCGGUCAGAAGAUGGCUGCCGCCAGGGCCGUGGCGCUAGGCGUGGCCACUCAGCUGGACCGCCGUCAGCUGACCGCCGACGCUCUCCGCUCGGCCGUCACCACGGUCACCUCGUCCGCCGGCACGCGGCGGGCGGUGCGCGCCUGGGCGGACGCGCUGCGCCAUGACGCCGUCUCGCCGGCGGCGCAGCUGGCGCACCACGUGCGCCACCUGCUGCUGUUCGAGCGCGCGUGGCGGCGGCGGCCGGCGCCCACCCUGCUCCAGUACUACUGUCUGGAUGUGCUCGGCACGGCGCUGGUCAGCGGCUCCGUGGCACUGGGCACGGUGGCACUGCUGUUCUACUGGGUGUUCCGGGUGAUCGCGGCCAGGGCGCAGCCGGAUAAGGACAAGGUGGAGUGAUGGCUGGGGUCAGCGAUAAACGAAGUCGCUGCCGACUGAAAGACUACAAUGGAGCUGGGACCUGGGUAGUGUCGACCGUGUCCCGGCUAUUGUUACCGGCUGCUCGGGUCGAUCAUGAUGAACAUCCAGAAGUUCCUCCACUGAAGAUCCUAUAUGAAGAUACUCCACUCCGCUGACCGUUCGCUAAGCGCCUACACGGUGCACACCGCACACAAAGACAGCGCAAUGCAGCCUUUUCCUAGCGGCAAGAGUGCAAGCCGGCCCCAAAAAUACAGUCAGGCCAGGUGUAGGCCAGGCCAGGCCGUCACGCGAGACAGGUGUAGCUUCAGUGCGACAAAACGUGGCCGGUGGCUUAGUGACACUCAUUCACAUUGCGUGUCCAGGAACGUUUUAGGACGAGAUCUAAGGUUAUCCCGUGAACCUUGACAAAUAUCGCAGGUCAACAGUUACUGGUCGCGAGAUGUUAGUCGCAGCCCAACAUCAGCCAACAGUGAGCCAUGCCGGGAUGGUGCGGGAAAUGGUAAAUAGACCGACAUCGUGACCUCAGCCGCCGUCAGAGGUCAGCUCACCCCCAGCACCGGGCCCGGCACCCCGUCGGGCGAGCCGAUCUCACCUCUACUGCAGACCUAUCAUUCCUCCAGCUCUGCAUUCUGAGAUCCUAUAAUGUCAGUCGGCUGUUGGGUCAUUGAGCUGAUGUCUGUUAAGACAUACCAGCAUACGUGAUUCCCAUGUGUUCAUAUCUUUCACAUGAAAAUAUAACUGUUGCAGGUUAUAGCUUA